CUCGCCGGAACCCGCUCACCGCAGCAUGCCGGCCCCCGCCCUCAAAGCCCGGCAGCAGCCCUGGGAGCCCCCUCCAGCACCAGCGGUGACAGCCAUCACCUUUGAGUGCAUGCCAUGCAGGGCCAGGUCAGCUCAGGCCCUCACGGCACCCGCUCCUCGUGCCGUGUCGUGCCGUGUCUCACCAUCCAUCUUCAGGGAGUUGCCGGCCACCCCGUUGGUCCACGUGGCACCGCGGCUCUGCCACCUGCUUCUCCAGCUGCCUCUUAGGGUUUCUGCAUGCCGAGGAUGCUACGUCUGCUGCUCAGAGUCUCCACCACAGGCUCUAUCCUGUCCCUUCUCUGUGUCAUGGGACCAGACAUGGGGUGCACUUGUCCACACCCUGGCCCUGCUAGGAAGAGGUCACUGGACUCCCCUGCCUGCAGCACCGUUGCUUCUACAGCGUUGUUCAUGUUAGCAGGAUCAUCGGCCUCCACUCCCUGGGGACCGCGGCCCAGGUUCCACGUGCUCCAAACCUUGCAUGCUAACGAGGUCACGGGCCCGACAGGCGGGGACCCCAGUGGCUUGGGGAUGACCUGCCUGGGGACAAAGAGCCCCAGGGCUCCUGCUGCUGCUUCAGAGCUGCGCGAGCUACCUGGAGAACCUGACCUUGGAGCAGAUAGUGCCCCCGGCCCGGGCUGCAGGGCCCUGCAUGUCUGUGGGACUCACAGUACGGCGCUUCUGGAACAGUCUGCUGAGGCUGGGCAGGCUCAGCCAGCAGGCAGCCCUCCAGAAAAGGGCAAACCAAGAAGAAACCCUCACCUCCAAGCCCACAGCCAAGGGCGAGCCGUCCGGGAGCCCGGAACUGGGGACUGCCCAGCUCGUCAAGCCACCCUCCCCAGUGCCAGGCCUGCCCCAGGCCUGCCCAGAGCAGGACAGCCUCCCCGUCAGUGUCUCGCUGCGGCAUCCAGGCGGGACAGCCGAGAACACCAGGAGCGUCCACUCCCAGACCGUAGAGACGGCCCUGGUGCCCUGUGACGCGUGCACCAGCGUCCAGGGCAGCCUGCAGGAGGUGGGCAAGGUGGUCGUCAACCUGUGUCAGAGCCAGAACCUGCCCUCGUCGCUGGGCCGCUUCCAGCAGCUGGUGCGGGACAGCAUGGGGCACAGGCCGCUGCCAGCCGCCACCGUGGGCCUCUGGGCGGCCGAGCAGAGCAAAGACCUGGCACGCCUUGGCAAGCUCGUGGGGCUCCUCAGGGCCCAGCUGGAGGAGGCUGAGGGCCAGAAGGAUAGGCUGAGGAUGCAGGUGGGCGAGCUGGAGCAGGCCCUGCAGGAGGAGCGGGCAGCGCAGCAGCGGCAGGCCGAGGAAGCCGAGCAGCGCCGGGCCCAGUGGGAGUGCGAGAGGCAGCAGCUGCUCGCAGAAACAAGUGACCUCAAGACGAAGGUGGCCACCUUGGAGGGGGAGCUGAAGCAGCAGCGCGAGUCCACGCAGGCCGUGGAGAGCAAGGCCCAGCAGCUGCAGGCGGAGGCCGAGCACCGGAUGGAGGCCGAGCGGCAGGUGCGGCAGCUGGAGCAGCAGGUGGAGCUGCUAGCGGGGCGGCUGGACGGGGCCAGCCAGCAGAUCCGCUGGGCCAGCACGGAGCUGGACAAGGAGAAGGCCCGCGUGGACAGCAUGGUCCGCCACCAGGAGUCCCUGCAGGCCAAACAGCGAGCGCUGCUGCAGCAGCUGGACAGCCUGGACCAGGAGCGCGAGGAGCUGCGGGGCAGCCUGGACGAGGCCGAGGCCCAGCGGGCCCACGUGGAGGAGCAGCUGCAGAGCGUGCAGGGCGAGAGAGAGCAGGGGCAGUGCCAGCUCCGGGCCCAGCAGGAGCUGCUGCAGAGCCUGCAGCGGGAGAAGCAAGGCCUGGAGCAGGCGACCACGGACCUGCGGCUGACCAUCUCGGAGCUGGAGCGGGAGCUCGUGGAGCUGAGGGAGCGGGAAAGGCUGCUGGUGGCUUUCCCGGACCUGCACAGGCCCGCGGAGGCCCAGAUCCAAAGCUCUGGCAACGUCACGGACGACAUGGAGAGGCAGGUGCAGGCCAACGACAUCCGCAUCCGGGUCCUGCAGGAGGAGAACGGGCGGCUGCAGUCCAUGCUGUCCAAGAUCCGGGAGGUGGCCCAGCAGGGGGGCCUCAAGCUGAUCCCGGAGGACCAGCUCUGGGCCCCUCGCAGCAAGGGAAUCCAGGGAGCAGAGCCCCCAGUGCAGACCGCAAGGACGUCCCCGGGGACCCCGGGCAGGCGGCACCUGCCGGGCAGCAGGCCAGCCAGUGCAGGCAGGACCCUGCCGGGCCAGCCCCGGGCAUCCCCUCCCCUGCGGCCCCACAGACGGCCCGGCGAGUCCUCCCCACAGGACGCUACCUACCUGACCAACUGCGCCCACAGCCCCAUCCGCGCCUUGGCCAGACUGAGGAGGAGACUGUCACCAAACAGUGGCCGGGCUAGCCCUGUACACCAGCCCCAGGAGCGGCCCACGUAACCUGCCAGUUAGGGGGUAGGCUGCAGGGCAGGCAGCUGGCAACCCACCAGGUGUAAUAAAGCCCAGGCCAUCUGCCCACUUCAA